UAAACAAAAUUCUCUCUCAUUGAUCCAGAGGAAUUUUGCUACGCAAGAAGUGAAAUUAAUGCGAAAUUUCUCUCCGGAAUACGUAGAAGUCUCGCAAGUGAUUCACACACUGAAUCUGUUGCAUCAAAUCUGUUUGAUUUCUGAAAGUUGAUCGUAUUCCAUUUGCAUUUCUGAGAAGAUCGACCAUGGAUUCGGCUUGUUCGAACUUGGACUCAGUCUCAGCGUCGGAAGAUCGAGGUAACAAUUUCAUUGCUAUCGAUUCGGAGAGUAAGAAGGACGAAUCUGGCGAGACUGUUUCUGCAAGCUCAAAAAGUGGAAGAAGUAAGUUUUUGAAAGAGACAAACCAAUCCUCAAUGCACGGUGUUAACAAGUUUACAUCGCAAAUCAAGAAGCCUCCUCAUAGGAAGGUUUCCCCUAUCAAUUGGUUCCCUCGCAAGAAAGUGGACUCUUACUUGAAGAGGAAGAUCAAAAUGCUGCAGGAAGUAGAUGGCCUGAAUUUAACACUAGAUGAGACUCUAGGUGAUUCUAAUCCACAUUACUCGAGAGUAUUGAAAGAAAAGAUGGCAGCAAGAGAGGCAGCACAUAAAGCCCUGGAAGCUAGAAAAGCAGCAUUGGUCGAAACCUCUUGGUGUAGAAUACUCCAAGCGGCUAGAAUUCAAUGUAAAGAAGCUUUAGAACAGAUGUACCGAGCUGAGAAAACUGCAGCUGAAGCUUUUGAAGAAGCUGCGGUUAUGGGAGUGAUCAUGUUUGAUACACCAAAUUGUCCACAGAAGACUUACAAAAUGGAAACCUCAUCUUCUAGUGGUGCUGGGUCUACAACUCACACCAUCACAGCCUCUUUUGAGACAGAAUUUGAGGUUGAUAAGGAAGUGGCUGCAGCAGUAAAAACAGCAUUGGUUAGGCUUGCGAAUUGUUCUUUGAAAGAAGAUGACUUUAAAGAGCUUUUACGAAAAAUCUCUCAGAACCCAGAUAGUGAUAAUAAUGUAGACUCAUCUGAACUUUCUACUGAAUGUGAAUCAGAGAAUGACUUGGAUCUUGAUAAAGCGCCUCGAAAGGAUGAUUUAAGCUCUCACAACUUGGAUUUACAUUUGAAACAUAAAACUUUUGAGAAGGAGACCAAGAUUGAGGACUUGAUGUAUGAAAGGCUUAGGCGUUUGAAAGAAGAUGAACUUUCUUCUCUUGCCACCAUAGUAGCUACUUGUGGUUUGAAUGCCGCCUUGACCGAGGUAGAAAGUGGAAAGCUUCAUGAUGCAGGUUCCUCUGCAGUUCAGUCCUCUGUUUCAGCUCUUAACCUUCCUUGGAGAAUGCCCUCUGCCGGUUCUGGAAAUUACUUCAAUAAUUUGCACAAUGGGAGAAAGCAAGCUGAGUCCGAACUUCCCAGUCUAGACAAGUUCUUGGUGAAGCGUGUGACUAAAUUGGAAAGAGAGGUGCUUGAAGCAAAGAAUAGCAGAAAGAACGAAGAAAAGGAAUUGACCUCGGAGAACUCGGAAACAACGAUGGAAGGGAAGAUCGACUUAGAUGCGUCGCAAAACCUUCAAAAAUUGAGCAGUGUUCAUGACAAGAAAGUUGUUCCUAACUUGGAAAUUAUACUGACAAAGCCACCUUCAGAACUUGAGAAGGAAGUUAAAGAGACUAAUUGCAGGGGUGGAGAAGAACUCAAGAUCCAUAGCAACAAGUUGCAGGCAAGGCGUAAAGAAGUUGUUUCAGCAGUUCCUAGUCUUGAUAAGUAUCUCGUGAAACAUGUCUCACGACUUGAAAAAGAAGUACAAGAAGCAAAAAAUAGAAGAAAAGUUGAGCGGAUCGAAGAAAAUCGGGACAUAGACACAGAGGAAAAGGAAAAUGUUAGUAUGCCGAAGUCUUCACUGAAGAUGGGAAGGGAAAGGGAAGACAGCCUAGAUAAGAUCUUAGUGAAGCCGGUGCGAAGGCUGGAAAGGGAAAAGAUGCUGGCCGUGUUGGCUGAAAGUAACCAUGAUCAGCAAAGACAAAAUAAGAAACAGGUGGUUAAUAACCGCACACCUGAUUGCCAGAGCUUGGACAAAAUUUUAGUAAAGCACGUCUCAAGACUGGAGAAAGAGAAAAUGAAAUGCAAACCAGAGAACUUAAAGAGAAGUGAAAAAAGUAAGCAUUCAGAGAUCAAUGUUGAAGGUGGUGGAGGUUUGGGAGAUAUUCUGGUUAAACAUAAAUCAAGACUCGAACGAGAGAAGACGAUGUCGUCUUCUCAGGAACCAGAAAAUCAGAAGAGAAACUUUCUAUCGCGUCGUGAAGCUAGGGAGAGAGAUCUUCAGUCAGCCUGGGGAGGCUUAAGUUUGGGAGAUUCCAUGAGACCACAUCUCUCCAAACUUGAACGAGACAAGGCUGCCUGGAUCAAAGCUGAAGAGGAGGAAAGGAAGCAAGUUUUGAACCAAGUGUAGUCACCUCGACCCAACAAAGUGAGUAAUUUAUUGCCUGCCUGCCUUGAAUCACUGGCACUAACGGAUGUGCCUGAGUUCUUUAUCUUUAGAUAUGAUGAUAGCACUUUGCUAUUCUGAGUUGCAAUGUCCACAGAUUACUUUUAAACACUAUAUUAAGUAAGCCCCAUUAU